GUCUCUAAAUUAUCUAUCCUGACUGGCCUCACUAAAAGCACAGUGACUUCCUCCAGCUAAGAACACCAAUUAUCGUGAUUGAGAUUAAUUCUGGCUCAGCUGUUGCUGUGAAGAACAUUGUCUCCCGUUAGCCAUACGCAACUUGCCUUACUAAUUUGGGUGAAAUCUCUUAUUUCUGCUCGAAAUUUGCAGUUUCAGCUUCUGUAAUUGAUGCCGCCAUUGAUGGGAAACCCUCAUGUCGCCAUCUUCCCACUGAGCGGAGCAAUGGGCCAUUUGAUUCCAUCAGUUCAGUUUGUAAAGCGGCUGUGCACUCUUCAUGGCUUCUCCGUAGCCCUAAUCAUCAGCAACUCUGCUCUGGAUAUCCGCUUUAUAGAGAUUGCUCACAUCACCGUCGAUGAAGGCGAGCUGGAAGACUUGAACAUGGUUACUCGUGUAUCAAAGUUCGUGCUAAAAGCAAAGCCACAUAUUGAAGAUGCUCUGCGAUCCUUGCUUUCGUCUUCGCCCAUCUCCGCCUUUGUCACAGAUACGUUCUGUACUGACCUCUUGGACGUUGGCGCCAAGCUGAACUUGCCAACUUAUUUAUUCAUUUCGUUCUCGGCUUCUGUUCUUUGUUUUAUGAUGCAUCUCCCAACACUCGUCUCAAACAUUGAGGUGUCGUUUAAAGACGCCGAUUUUGAAGUGGAGGUACCGGGGCUCUCACCGAUUCCUGCCAGAGAUCUGCCCAGUCACAUUCAAGACAGGUCGAAUUCCGCCUUUAAAUGGUUUGUUCACCAUUCCACCCGCUUGAAGGAAGCAUCAGGGUUUCUCAUUAACACCUUUGCUGAGCUGGAGGAGGAAGCCAUCAAAGCCCUCUGCACCCCCGCAACGCCUCCCAUGUAUCCAAUAGGCCCCUUGUUGCAGCUCACAGAAUCUGAUACUCCUCAAGACUCCACCUGCCUCAAAUGGUUGGAUGAGCAGCCUGCUUCAACUCAACUUACAUGGGCUGCACACAGCCAUUAUAUAAUCAUAUUUAGAUAUGAAAUGAAGAGUCUGGGGAAGGUAGACAGUCAUGUGACUGUUGGGCUUCACAUCAGAACACCUGCCUCCUUCGGUAGCUUAGGCGUUUUUUCGAGGGAGCAAAUUACAGAUCUAGCAAUUGGACUCGAAGCCAGCAGCCACCGAUUCGUGUGGGUGCUGCGGGGGUACAAAUCUGGGGACUCUUCUUCUCUUGAAACUGACAUUUCCCAACUUUUACCCGAGGGUUUUAAGAGUCGAACCUGGGACCGUGGGCUUGUUGUUCUUAAUUGGGCCCCUCAAGUACCUGUUCUUUCUCAUCCUUCUACCGGAGGCUUCCUUUCUCAUUGUGGGUGGAAUUCUACGCUGGAGAGCGUCUGUCAUGGAGUCCCAAUGAUCGCUUGGCCUCUUGCUGCCGAACAGGGGAUGAACAAAGUUACACUGGUGAAGCAGUUUAACGUAGCCAUAGAUUUGAAGAUGGAUAACAAGGGAUUUGUGAAGAGAGAACAAGUGGAGAGAUCGGUGAGGGAAUUGAUGGAAGGAGAAGAGGGAAGAAAGGCGAGGGAGGAAAUGAAGGAAUUGAAGGACCAGGCUAAGAUGGCAGCCAUGGAAGGAGGGAGUACAAUCAAGGCCACAGCCCGUGUAGCCGCAGAUUUAUCAGCCUCAACUUUAACUGUUAAAUAAUGAUAUAUGUUUUAUUUGGUCAAUCGCUAAAGUUGGGUAACACAGAGAUAUGGUGUCAUUGUACCAGGGCAAGGGCGAUGAUGUAUUUUAUUUUUAGAGUGAUUGCUUCUGCUGUAUGAGUGAGUAUCAUACAUGUAUGUGAAACUAUUAUCAAUAAAAGCAUCAAACGUUUCCUGAAA